UCUUCGUGGUGGUCAUGUUCAAUCUCCAGUGCUGAAGUGAAGCAGUGACCAAUACCCCGCCAUAUUGGGCGGAAUGUGGGUGGGCUGCCCCUCAUCGCGUCUCCACGCGUUUACAUCGUCACCAUCAACAAAUCUCCGACCCAGCGACCGUCCGUCGCUAGGAAGCCAGCACCAUGUCCCGAUCAAGCGCCGCAGCGCGCAAUCUGAGCCUCACGGAGGAGCUGGAGAGGCUCGAACAGUCCAUCACGCUGACUCUACAAGAAAUCGACCAUAACUUCAGCAAGUCGCACCGAAUCGUCACGACAAGCAUCCUACCUUUAGUCGAGCAAUAUGGAGAUCAUUCCCGGGCCGUCUGGGAGGCGUCUAAGUUCUGGAAGCAAUUCUUCGAAGCCUCUGCCAAUGUAUCACUUUCCGGCUACGAGGAGCUAGCCAACGACGAAGAAGAAACAAUGACGGUCGAAGAGAGCACAGCGAUGAGGGACGAGACGACGGCAGACUACACCGCUCAGCAUGGGGAGGAGGAUGUAACAGCCACAACCGGCGCGGAGCAGUCGACCUACCACAUCGACGAAUCGCUACUCGACGAUGCCGAGCUCUCCGGGAGCACUCCUCGCCCGCCUUCGACAAAGACCUCAAGGACGCAAUUCUCACACCUCCAGUCGCCGUACGAGACCAUGAAGCGGGAGAUGCAGGAUGAGGAGGGCCACACGACCGUGCUCGAAGACAACGAGGACUCCACUGUGUUGUUCGCCCAGCACACUGCGAGGUUGCCAGACAUGUCAAUGACACCAGGCGGCCGUUUCGAUGAAGAUGAAGACCAAACCAUUGAGCAAUCGAUACACCGCAACAAAGACCCUCUGCUGCAUCGGAUUCUGGACAAGAACUACCGCAUCCAGGCCACACCACAUAAGCCGGCAUUGCGCAUAUCCCCCCUGAAAAGCACCCAAGCCAAGAAGGAGACCCCUGCGUGGCAAGAUUCUCCAAUGUCGUCACCUGAAAUGGCGGUUCCAAAAUUGCGCAGCGAGGCCUUUAUGUCGCCCAUGAAGACCAAAGCCCGGGAGCGUUUGGCGGCGGCCACUCAGGGACCAAGAACGCCCGGCGUCAGCGUGCAGACGCCCGCGACGGCGAGGAAGACUCGGGAUGUGUUCGCCGAUGAUAGCACCAUGGCGAGCGGGAAGCAAAAGUAUGAGAUUGAUUGGGAGAGCGACGAGGAGGAUGACGAUAUUGACCUGUACGCCGGCAUGAGCCCGCCAAAGACGAUCCAAUUCGCCCUGCCCCCAUCCAAGUUGCUGCAGACCCCUGCACGAGAGGCAAGCCAGAGGAUUGUCGGUGACAUCCUCCUCGAUGCGGGCGCAGACCCAAACUCGUCCGAGUACAGUCCGAGCAUGGUCAAGAUGAACGAGGACAUUCUCAACGACAGCUUCUAGGGACGUAUAUGGUACAGAACGAGAAAGCCAAAAGUCGAAAUUAUUUAUUUGCCUCUAGGCAGUUUAUCAAUACAGUAAGAAAGAUACCCCCUGGGACAUGUCUUAUCCCUGGUCCAGUUCCCGUCAUUCCAUAACUCGUCAAUAAAUCCGUUUGGUCACCGAUUGACCAAUCUUUGCCAACGUGUCUGACAA